UGGAGGGAGGUAAUAACGUCGUUCGGGUAAUGCUACCCUGCGGGGGAGAAUCGGGGCCACCAGCGUGAUACGAGUUGCCAAUCGUGAUACCCAAAAAUAUUCCCUAUGCCCGACAUACGAAUCUGGCGCUACCCCGAUUGGCUUCGCGGCGGCCAGAAAGCGUGGGGUUAUAUAAACCGUCCAACCGCCGCACGCAAGAUAUGGACAAUAAGUCCCAAGUGAGAAAAAGCACUCGGAUUUCGCGCAGCCAUAAAUGCCGCUCCUCCUCCCCUCUUUCGGCUCGCUCGCUGUCCGCUACUUUCGCAGGUUUUGACACCAACCAGAAAGAAUGACAGCCCACAUACCAGCCGAACACGCCACGCCGGGGCGCGGAACUACGGGGGAGCCGGUCCUCGACGAAGACAGGGCCGCGGCGGAGACCAGGAGGCUGGAAGAGAAAUUUGCCGCGUUCCGGCACCUGGUGCCUCUGGCGCUGCGCGAAGACGUGCUGUUCCUGAACUCGGCGUCAGCGCCGCCGGCGAGCCUGGUCGUGCACGAGGCCGUGGUGCAGUACUCGGCGGAGGCGCUGCACUCGGCGCGGCCGCACGCGGGGUGGCGGGUGGUGGUGGAGGAGGUGCGGGGGCUGCUGGCACGGUGCAUCGGCGCGGGGUCUGCGGCCGAGAUCGCGUUCACGCGGGACACGACGGAGGGCCUGGGCAGCGUGGCGCGGACGCUGCGGUUCGCGCGCGGCGACAACGUCGUGCUGCUCGACGUCGAGCACCCGAGCACGGCGCACGGGUGGCUGGCGCUGCGCGACGCGGCCGGCCUCGAGGUGCGCCAGGUGCCGACGCGCGCGUGGGCGGGCGGCGCGCCGGUCGCCGUCGACGCCGCGGCGCUCGCGCCCUUCGUCGACGCGCGCACGCGCGCCGUCGGCCUCAGCUCGGUCGCCUUCGACGGCGGCCAGCGCCACGCCGUCGCCGCGCUAUGCGCCGCCCUGCGCCCGCGCCGCGUCCACGUCGUCGUCGACGCGACCCAGCACGUCGGCUUCGCCGCGCUCGACGUGCGCGCGCUCGGCGUCUCCGCCGCCGCCUUCAGCCUGCACAAGGGCCUCGGGUGCCCCGUCGGCCUCGGCGCGCUGUACGUGGCGCCCGACGUGUUCGCCGACGACGACGACGAUGACGAUGACGGCCGGCUACUGCUACCGCUGCCGCCGCCGCCGAUCGUCGGCAUGGCCGGCGUGCGCGACCUGCGCGCCGAUCUGCUGGUGUGCGCGGCCGACGGCCCGCUGACGUACCGCGACGGGGCGCUGCGCUUCGAGCACGCGAACGUGAGCUUCGUCGCGGCGGUGGCGGCGCGGGCGUCGCUGCGCUUCUACCUCGACGUCCUAGGCCCCGCGGACGUCGAGGCGCACCUGUACGGGCUGACGGAGGCGUUGAUGGCGGCGUGCGAUCGGCUCGGCGUACUGGUGGUAAACCCGCGCGCGCGGGAGCACCGCGCACCGCACAUCUGCGUCCUGGGCCUCGGCGCGCGAGGCGGGUGGGGGCGGUUUCUGGAGCAGCAGGGUGCCUGCGUGACGCCGAACCGCCUAGGGGUGAGGGUCUCGUUCGGGUUCUACAGUGACCGUGAGGAUGUGCGGAGGUUCGUCGCGAUGUUGGAGCUCGGGAUAACACGAGGCCUGCCAGUAUGAGGGGCAAGGAUACCAGGGCGAGAUCGUUAUUCGUCACGUAGGUGUUUACUCGUUCUUUAUUCCGAGUCUUUUUUGCCUAUCGAUUUUUAAACAACAACUUACUUAUGGCCCCGGUACCUUGUGUAUUGUAGUGGUGCGGUGGGAUUAUACCAUAGGUUUUAAUUACUUGUUUCCCACCAUGGCCUUCUAGAGUCUCCCCUCCAUCGGUUCUUGUUGUUGCUCCCAGCUACCAUCCAUGGCUGGCCGAUCAACAGCUUACAGCUGCCUGCAGGUGUGAUCCCACCUGAUCAGCCCGGAGCCAGCUGUCAGCAGCUGCGCGUUCUUGUCCGGUCUGGAUUCCUCUUACAGCGUGCCUACGCCAAUCCUCUUCGAUAUUAAAAGGAGAAGAGCACGUCAGUUUAAUUCUCUUCUUAAGAGAUAUUUUUUAUCCUAUCCGAAUAGUAUUUAUAUUAUGUCAAGC